UCUAUCUAAGAGAACAAAGUUACACAUUCAUAGGACGUCCAGACACCCUCAAACAUUCCUUUUCCUGCUUUCAUAACCAGCUUCAACUAAAGCAGCUCAUCUCUCUCUCUCUCUUUUCUCUUUCUCUUUCUCUCUCUCUCUCUCUCCAAAAGCCAACUUAUAUCUUUGCCAUCCCUUUUAAUCAAGAGCUCCCAUCCAUGGACACCGCUCAGUGGCCACAGGAGAUUGUGGUGAAACCAAUAGAAGAUAUAGUCACAAGCACAUGCACGGCAGCAGCCACCCCAAAGCCAUCAUCAUCUUCGGUUUCGGAGAGGAAGCCAAGGCCGCAAAAGGAACAAGCCCUCAACUGCCCAAGAUGCAACUCCACCAACACCAAGUUCUGCUACUACAACAACUACAGCCUCACCCAGCCCAGGUACUUCUGCAAGACCUGCAGGAGGUACUGGACUGACGGUGGGUCCCUCAGGAACAUCCCUGUGGGCGGUGGCUCCAGGAAGAACAAGAGAUCAUCGUCCUCAGCAUCAUCUUCUUCCUCGUCUUUCAAUUCCUCAUCCAAGAAGCUGCCUGAUCUGAUCAGCACACCUGCGUCGAACCCUAACAACAAAGUGACACUUCAUGAAGGCCAAGAUCUGAACCUGGCCUUCCCAAACCCUCACCAUCAUGAUUUCAAGUCCAUCUCUGAGCUGGUCCAAGUGCCAAGCCUUGAGGCCAGCAAGAACCACCAUAUCUCUGCUAACUCUAGCUCCGCCGGUGCUUCCAUGGCACCGCCGCAGCUCUCGGCUCUGGAGCUGCUCUCGGGGAUAACGUCGAGAGGUAGUUUCAGUUCGUUCAUGUCGAUGCCCGUCCACGAUCCAGGCUCCGUCUACACGCCUGGGCUGUUCGCACUGCCGGACUUCAAGCCGACCCUCAAUUUCUCUCUUGAUGGCCUUGGGAGUGGGGGUUAUAGGAGCCUCCCUAGUGUGCAAGAGGGUGGCACUAAUGGAGGGAGGCUCUUGUUUCCCUUUGAAGAUUUGAAGCCAGUCUCAAGCACGAGUGAUAUGGAGCAGAAUAGAGGAGAUCAAGGAGACUCCAAUGGAUACUGGAGUGGGAUGUUGGGUGGCGGAUCGUGGUAAAGAAUUAGUUUCAGAUUAAUGAAACAGAAAAAAAAAAAGAGAAUAAAUAAUGAGUUUCUAGUUGUUCUUCUUUGGGUGUUAAUUUACUUAAUAUCAUCAGUUUCUCUCUGGUGGUGGCCGUGGCGGUGGCCGUGGCGGUGGUGGGUACAUUUUCUUAUGACUUGUUGAUUUUUCUUGGAAACUAACAGAUGAUAGGCUUAUCGAGUGGGUUCCUUUCUCUCUCUAUCUCUAUUCAUUACUAGCCCUCUUCAUUGUCUUCUUUGCCUUGUGAAGACUGUUGGAGGGAAUUGAAGCUUUCCUUUAGCGUGUAGGGUUCAGCUUCAAGAUCAAAAAGCUCCCCUCUGCAUGUAUGACUGUUGUAUCGAAGGGGGGAUAUGGAUUCGAAAAGGUGAGUUAAUUAAUGCCCAUUUUUUUAGGGCAUUUGAACGGGUGAGGGCAUGAAUUUUGCUCAUCACUUCAUCCUUCAUCUUCCACACCCCACGAGAGAGAGAGAGAGAGAGAGAGAGAGAGAGAGAGAGAGAGAGGGAGGGAGGGAAGGAGAGAGAGAGAGAGUAGAAAGUAACCCAGGUUUUAUGUAUGUUUGAUGUUUGGUUUUGGGUUAAAUUUAGACAUGUUAUGCUGUAAUUGCACAAUUAGUUCAAUGAAUUAUAUAGUUCCUAAUAUUUCUACUGAA